CACCGCAAAUAGUUGGCGGUGUAACAAGAGCAAGAGUAAACCCUCGUGGGUGCUUAGCUUGUAACAAUGGUUCACGGAAAUGAUGUUCUCCACAGUAAUCACUUCAGAAAAAAAUGGCAAUUUAUGGUAAAAACAUGGUUUAACCAACCAGCUCGCAAAGAACGUAGGAGGCGUGCCAGAAAAGCAAAAGCACAACGUAUUGCACCUAGACCAGCUUCGGGGCCACUUCGUCCCAUAGUUAACUGUCCAACUUUCCGGUAUAAUAUGAAGGUGAGGGCGGGACGUGGUUUCUCACUUCAGGAAGUGCGUGCUGCUGGUCUGAAUCCCAAGUUCGCCCGUACAAUUGGUAUUGCUGUAGACCACCGCAGACGCAAUGUAUCAGUCGAAGGUCUGCAGAGGAACGUUGCGAGGCUCAAGGCCUACAAAGCCAGACUAAUACUUUUCCCCUUGAAUCCAGCCAAGCCCCAGGCUAUGGAAGCAAAGGCCGAUGAUGUUAAGAAAGCAACUCAACUUCGUCGACCAAUAUUCCCGAUAACUCAAAGAAAGAAACAUUUGAAGGCCCAUGAACCAACUCCAUCUGAGCUGAAGUACCAAGCUUUCCAUGCUAUUCGUCAACACAGAGCCAAUGCCCGGCUAUAUGGCAAACGUUUGAAGGCUCGCCAGUCAGCUGCAGCAGAAUAACCAUUCUCAAAUAAAUGUUUCAUUGGUUCAUUGUUUUAAUACAUCAUUUUACCUGAAUACUCAGCUGCAGUAAAUAUGUGGAAACUUUCCA